CUGUUACCUUUUCUUUCUAUAAUGCAGGAUGAAUACAACACUGAGGGCACAGGAGCAUCUGAUUACUCAGCAGGUGUUGAUUUAAUGUGAAUGUCUAGUGGGACUGGGUGGUUACAUUAGUCAGCUAGGCUGAAUACCUUCCACUUUCUGAAUGGAAUAAAAACGUAACCAUAUAACGGUCAAAUGCUGAAUGUUGUAACAAGGCAGAUGUGUCAUGAUCUGCCUUCCUGAGUGACUCUUUGCCUGGAUUUGUAUUUAUUAUUUCCUGUUUUAUUUUGAAAUUACCUUGUCAGGUCUCCAGUUUUGCUUCCUGUCCUUGUAAGUCUUUCCUUUUCAGUGUUUCACCCCCUCACCUGUUCCCAUUUCCCCAAUCAGCCCUGUAGCCUGCAGUCACCUCGUCUCUCCCCACCUGCAUUUAAUUCCACAAUCAACCAGGACUAUACAUACAAUUGCCCUUCCUUUGUUCUGAUGUCAGUUUGAGUUUGAGUUACCUCCUCACACAAAAGUGAAAAAAAAAAAAAAAAUUCAGUUGAACUUUAAUAAAUAUAACUAUAAAUUGUGGCUGUGUGUGUGAGAGAGAGAGAGAGAGAGACAUUACAGUGUAUGUGUCUAAGUCCAUACAGGUAUAAAUGUGGGGUCCAGGAUGCUCUCAAUCACAUGCUCCUUACAGUACCUGUUUCUAAGAUUCCCUUCUUUGACAAUGGCAUGUGCAGGCUGAGUGCUGUCACUGAUAAAACACCAUUAUCCACACUCCAUUAAAUCAAUUAUUCUUGCACACUUAGAAGUCAAAUUAUGACGUGAAGGUUGCAAAACAUACAUCAAACAUGUUGACAGAGUUAAAAGGUUUUACCAGUAUAUGUAUUAGUUCUGACCACACCCUUACGUUUCUUCCUCCAAAACUGCUUUUACCGUGCAGCAGCUGUCAUAGCGAUCCCCAGCUCAGUGGAAGAGUGACUUAUGGAGAAUGCCACAAGAACUGAGCUUGUCUGCAACCACACAGAUGCAUGGGACUGGGUUUACACCAUACAGCCAGCGUACAUGUCCAUCAUCUGCUUUCUUGGAGUGAUAGGCAACUCUUUUGUGCUUUGCGUGUUCUGUCUUCAGAAGAGGCACAACUCUGUGGCCGACAUCUACCUGAGCAACCUGGCAGCGGCUGAUCUCCUCAUGGUUUCGUGUCUGCCAUUCUGGGUGGCAACCAUUAUCGACAGGUUCCACUGGAGGUUUGGAGAGCCCAUGUGCCAGCUUAUCAGUGUCAUCAUUGGGAUGAAUUAUUAUUGCAGUGUGCUGUUCCUUACCCUUGUGAGCGUGGACAGAUACCUGGCCCUCACCAGACCGCUGUCCCAGGGGCGAGAGAGACGGACCCUCUGGGCGCGUGGGAUUUGUUUCGGUAUCUGGAUCGCUGGAAUCUUGUUCAGCUUCCCUGCCAUCCUCUUCCGCUCUGUGCAGUUCUUCCCUCAUCUGGGCAUUGACGCAUGCUACGUAGCGUACCCCCACGAAGGCUGGAGACUGCGCCACAACAUGACCAUCAGCAUAGUAGGCUUCCUUAUCCCUGUUCCUAUUGUAUCCUUUUGUAGUUACCAUAUCACCAAAGUCAUUUGGAGCAGCCAGAAGAUGAGAAAAGGCAGCAGAGGGAGUGUAGAGAGGAAAGCAGCGUACCUCGUCCUUGUUGUUCUGGCUGUGUUUGUUCUCUGCUGGCUGCCCUACCAGAUUCUGAUGGUGUUGGACACCUUGGAUUAUUAUGAAGUCAUCUCUGGAUGCACAUGGGCAUAUGUGCUGGACAUUGGCAACCAGUUAGCUACAUACCUUGGUUACAGUAACAGCUCAUUGAAUCCUUUCUUGUAUAUUAUUGUGGGGAAGCACUUUCAGCAGAGGGCAAGGGAGGUGUUUAGACUAGUGCUGUGCAGAAGAAAACAACAAUGGAGGAAGUCUGGUCAUUCCAAUGCUAAUCUCAACCCAACUAAACAAACUGACAGUACUAAAAUCUAAAUUGCAUCCGCACGUAAAGAGAAAAUUUGAUUAAAACCAGCUGUUUAGUUUAAUUAAAGUACAAGAUGAGAGUUAGAUGAGAAGGUUAGUACCUCUAUGUAAAGUAAAUAUGUAGCCAAAGCUUGUAGCUGGUUAGCUAAGCUUAGCAUAAACAAGGAAAUGGGAAACAAAACAGGUAGCCUGACUUUUUCAAAGGGUAUCAAACUCCACCUACCAGCACUUCUACAGCUCACGAAUGAACAUGCUGUAUCUCACUAAUUUAGUCCAUGUAGAAAACACAUGGAAAACCUCAGUAUGUUAUUUUACAUUUUGUUUUUGUACAGAUUAAAUUAAUUAGAUAUUAGGUGCUAAUUUGUGAGUGCAUUUAAGGUGCUAGGAGGCAGAUUUUGUUACCUUUGGAUUGGAAGUUUUUCAGUUAAUUCUUGGCAAGAAAGAAAAUAACAUUUCAACAUUUAAAAAAGUUGAACUUUAUUUACUGUGUAUGAAAUACAUACAGUUCUAUUGUUUUCUUAUACUGUACUGUGCUUGUUAACCUUGAACUUGAUUCCACAUUUCACUGUUGAAACAUCAGUAGUUUCCUUUCCUUUCCUUUCCAAGGCAAGGCUAGCACUGGUGAUGUUUCUCAUGGAUAUUAUCCAAGGUGGAACUUUCUAUUUUUAUACGAUCAGGAAGCUGAACUAUUUUUGUAAAACAAGGAGGUUUGUUUUGUCAAACAACUUCAUGUGUUGAAACUCCACGGAUGUAACUGAGAAAAAUAUAUUAGGUGAUGAAUCCAUUAUGUUUGUGUAUUAUUGAAUAUAGUGUGUAUAGAAUGAAAUAUAGUAACUGGUUUUAAAAUCUUUGUUAUCAAUAUAAAGAAAUGAAGUAAACAAAACAACAACCACAAAGCAUUUGAAUUCCAGACAACAAAUUGUACACUAAGGCUUUAAAUGAUCAUAACGUUAUUUAUGGUAUUUCAACAAUGUAUGCAUGUUGUUGUCUUCAAUAAAGUAUCAUCUGUGACUAA